GAACCACGUUUCCGGGGCAGAUCGCGAAAAAGCAAGGCAGAUCUUCUCGAGACAGAUGUGCUGGUGAGUUGUGACUUCUUGCCCUUGUCGUCCAUUCAAAAGCUUCUUGGGGGAAUGCAACCAGCUGGCAUUUCAGGAAGAUCUGUAGCGGAUUUGCUUCGUCUUCUGAGUAGCCUUGGAAUCUUGCUGUGGUUUGAUGAGGAGCACUUGCGGAAUUUGGUGAUGUUGAAUCCUCGACGACUUGCAGUUGCCCUGGCAGAUUUGAUGACUCUUUGCUUUGGUGAAGAUAAUUUUGCACAUGGAGACGAAUACAAUGCAGCGUUACGGGAGAAGAAAGGACAAGUAAGUCCAGCGGAUCUCUUGUGGUUUCAAACCACUGGAGUCGCCACACGAGAGCUCAUUCGAUGUAUUUGGUCAGACUUUGAUGAAGCCGAACAAGACUUGAUGUUGGAAAUCCUUUUGCGGCGUGGCUUGCUGGUGAGGCGGGCUGUAGAGGACGAGUUUAUUGUACCUUCUUGCUUACCAAUGGCUCAUUUGGCAGAACCCCUACCAGACAAGAAGGAUGCAGUGCUCUAUGUGGACCUUGGUGGUGUCUUGUCGCCCAAUCUGUUCCCAAUGCUGGCCGAACGCAUCUAUGCAUCACCAGGGAAGUCUGUGGUAGUGAAGCCCGGUCCACCGCAACUCUUUCGUAACAGGUUGGAAAGCUCCGCAGGAGGCAACACAAUCACUUUGUCCCUCUUUCCCGCCAUUUGCCAGCAAGGGAAUUGGCUCGUGAGGAUUCAUGUUCAAGCCAAAGAAAAGGCAGAUGUGGAAGCAAAUCCCAACACGAAGGCAAAAGCCAUAGAGAAGCUACUACUCGAUGUGAUGGGUAUUGCAGGCAGCCGCUCUGGUGCGCUGGACAUUCGCAGAAGACUGCGCUUGGAUGUUGGAAAGGAAGACCUAGAAUCAUUCUGCAUAAGAACUCCUUGCCUUUCUGCAGACUGUAAGAUUUCUUGCGUUCACUGCAAGUUGUGGAACCUGCUGCAGGAGCGCUAUCACGUUGACAUGAAUCCUGAGCUUCAAGACGUUGUCAAGCAAGUUGCUUUGGAACCUGAUGUGCGACCUACCGGUAGCUUCAAGUUCAAAAGUGUGAGAUUCCCAGGCGAUGUCGAUCUCUAUGAAUAUCUCAUUUUCGAAGCAAGAGAUCCGCAGGAAGCACUCUCCUUGCUGUGUGAGACCUUGAAGAGUCGGGCCAAGUCCUUGGAGUUGUGGAAAAACAUUUUCUUCAGCGGGCUCAAAGCGGGAAAGGAUCACACAGGCCAAUACUUGGUUUGGAACCUUGAUGAACUACAAGCGGGAAGGAAGGAGUUGACAGAUUCCAAAUCACAAUCUAUGGGUCACAAGACACUUCAAGAAGCCCUGGAAGAAGGACACAUCACAGGAACUGCAAAGAUGGAUGUUUAUGCGCGGAUCCCACUCUUCAAUGAGCAGAAUCGGCGCUUCUAUCAGAUCACGAAUGUCUUGCGCCUGGGAUACUUGCCGAGAUCUGAUGGUUUGCCGAACGGGAAGGAAUCCAUUCCUGGGAAGCGGUUGUUUUCUAUACAGCCCAUCACCAGAGAGGACGACCACUUACGAGCAGUUGAGCAUGAUUUGCAAAACUAUUCAGGGCCUCAUCCGAAGAUGAUGAAAUAUCUCAAGCGACUUUGGGAAAGGUCUGCGUUCUUGGCACAAAGAGGCUUUGAUUUGGAUUGGCAUGUGAACAUAUUGGAAGCAAUUCAGCCAGUCUUUCAGCAUUGGGUUGCCAGGCUUGGCGCUAUGGCUGAUCAUGUUGAGACGCUUUGGUACAUGUUACGUGACAACAAUCCGAAGGCUCAGCAGAAGGCAUCGGAGGACAUCCAAUCUCUUCGUGCCUUGGAAAAGAGGGAAAAAGGAACCAAAUAA